AUGGAUCCUCCCAUAGCUUCCUAUCUUGAGGGAAUUGGUUUCGAUAAGUGGUCUCGUCCUUUAUUUCCUGGGAAACGAUACAAUAUAAUGACAGGCAAAUAUGUUGAAAGCUUCAACAAUAAGACCAAGGAUGCAAGAACCUUUCCAGUUACAAUUUUUUUGGAAUUCAUUUGGUUCACACUACAGUCUUGGUUUUCUGAACGACGUAAUGUGACAGAGAAGACUACUACAAAAUUAUCCACCCUAUUGGAUGCAGAUGUAUCGAACAAUGCUGACAAAGGAAGGUUCAUGAAUGUCUAUGCCCUUGACCGAUUCGAGUUUCGUGUUACUGGUGUAGACGAUGAUGUUGAGGUGGAUUUGAUGACAAAAUCAUGCUCAUUUGGGGUAUUCCAGCUCAUAGGAAUACCUUGUCCCCAUGCAGCUACAGCAACUAUAGAGCGUGGGGUGAACCUUUACUCUUUGUGUUCACCAUUUUACACCAUUGAGUCAUGA